AUGGGCAGGGUCGAAGAGUGGGCAAGGCCCAAGCUUGGGCAGCUUGUCAGGAUAUCGGCAAAGGCGAUUUCAGAAGGUGCUGACGAGGCGUCUAAAGCCAACGCAUCCGACGAAGACGAGGGCGAAAAGCAAGGUGACGAAGUGGCUGGUGGGGACAAUGACACCAACGUGAUUGGGAACGGGGCGAAGAGCAACAAUCUUACGGAUGGGACUCAAGAUCCGAGUCGUGGGGAACCAGAAGUAACAGGAGGCGCAAACAACACUGAUCACACCGGUGGUCCGACUGAUGCUACUAUGUCUAACCCGGCUCCUACACUUAAUAAUGCGAACAACUCUAUUCAACCAAAUAACACUAACAAUGCGAACGAUGUUGGCGGAACCGACGAUACGAACAAGGGGGAUGCUACACAAGACCGAACCAAUUCGCCGGAAUCACCUCGCUCUGGCGGCUUGGAGGACUCUGACGAGGAAAAUGAUUCGGACGAAGAAAUGAGAGACGGUGACUCAGAAAGCAGAAUUCUUCUUCCUCCUGAAGAAAAGGAAAACCCUACGUUUCAACUGAUGGAUGCUCUCUUGUAUGCCGAGUCGGUAUCGGAUACCUCUCUACAUUACGACGUUCGAAACGUACUUCAGCAUCAUUGCCUUUACCCGGAAACCCACCAUAUUGAUACUAUUGUUGGCCUCUUCAGAGUAGCGUGCUUGCAGGAAAAAGACCCAUCCAUGUUUGGAUUCCUCUUUAUAAUAUUACUUUGUCAAGGCAACCAAACUUGGAAGCAAGACAUAUUCACCCGUAUGGAUCGUAUGGCCCGACUCGCUCAAACAUUCGUUUCCGUCCCGCUUUUUACAAAGCCGAUCUCGCAAAAAGCUUUGCUACGAUUUUUCGGGCGCCACAACGAACAAAUCCUGCAUUGA